AUAUCAAACAAUGGUUGGAAAAUCUGUCUAUAAAUAUCAAACACUCUCAUUAUGGUUUAUAUACCAAGAGUUGAAGUAGUGAUUUUGAUAACAAUGUAAUAAGAAAAUGGAAAGAAAAAGUAACCAAAAUGAUUCUUCUUCUUCUUCUUCAUUUGUUUCUGAGCUCUCUGGCUCCAAAGAGACACACUCAUCUUCUUCUCCAUCCCCUAAUGAAGUGAGAGACAAAGCUAACAAGGAGAAAUGGGACUCUAUACUUGGAACACCUGAUGUCAUUUUCAAGGCCUGUGGUGGUGGAUCUCAGAAAACACAAACUCAUGAAGACAAGACUUCCAUCUAUCAAGAUCAAAGAAUUGAACCAUGUAAUCUCAGCUCAUCAAUAUUUUAUGGUGGCCAAGAUAUUAUUCCUCAUGCUCAAAAUAUUCAAAAUGAAGAGAAAAACUUAUGGGCCAAAAAUGUUGGAGAAGAAGAUGAUUUGGGAAUUGCUUCAAGAGGAGACUGGUGGAAAGGGGGGCUCUAUUAUUAAAAUCAUCAUUGUCAGCACUAUUAUCUCUACAAGGUACAUAGAGCGAAAAAUCAAGUUAUGUGGAAGCUGAACAACGAAGGAAUGAAUAUGAAUUUGCAAUUAAUCAUUUGUGGAACUUUGUAUUGUCAUCUAUCUUGAAUAAUGUUGAAGUUAUUUUAUUUUAUGAGAAAAUCUCUGCUUGUUGGAUUCAUCUCUACGUUGAAUUUUUCAACGAUGACAAGAUUUUUAUUGGAAAAGGUUAAA